AGCCUCGCAGCGCACCGCCUGUCGUAACGUCUGCAGAAGAAGAAGAAGAAAAAGAAAAAGAAAAAGAAAAAGAAAGACGGGGACAGAGUGUAACUUUUUUUCUCUUUAACGUUACGUACGUUGUCUCGAUCCUGUUGGAGAUUAUCCCCGUCGCGGCGUCAAAGUCCGGCCCGAUUAGACGGGGCGGUGUUCGGUUAUCUGACAGCGCCGUGGGGUCGGAAUGAUCUGCAGCCCUGAGGGGUUGUGGCGGCCUCAUCAGUAGCUGUCACCACGGCGGGGGACCUCCGGACCUCCGUCUGCAGGGUGGUCAUCUACCUCCAGAGGGACAUGUCCGGGGACAGCUGCCCGCCCCAGCGUCACUCCCACUCCGCCUCCCCCCUGGCCUGUCCCAAGACCAAGACCUGCAGCUACCGAGGGGCGGUGGGCCUGGGCAACAAGUACGUCCGCAUCAACGUCGGCGGCAGCCUGUUCUACACGACGCUGCAGGUGCUGACCCGGCAGAGCUGCAUGCUGAGAGCCAUGUUCAGUGGGAAGAAGGAGGUGUUCACGGAUAAAGACGGUUGGAUCCUGAUCGACCGCAGCGGGAAACACUUCAACAGCGUCCUGUGCUUCCUGCGCGACGGCACGGCCGCCUUGCCCAAAGGCCGCCAGGCGGUCCAGGAGGUGCUCGCCGAGGCCAAGUUCUACGAGGUCCAGGGCCUGGUGGAGCUCUGUCAGAGCAGCCUGCAGGGCAAUAAAGAGCUGCCCAUGUGUGUCAUUCCGCUGGUCACCUCCAGUCAGGAGGAGGAGAAGCUCAUCCAGUCCUCCACCAAGCCUGUGGUGAAGCUGGUGUACAACAGAAGCAACAACAAGUAUUCCUACACCAGCAACUCUGACGACCACCUGCUGAAGAACAUCGAGCUGUUCGACCGUCUUUCCCUCAGCUUCAACGGCCGCGUCCUCUUCAUCAAGGACGUGAUCGGGGACGAGAUCUGCUGCUGGUCCUUCUACGGCCAGGCUCGCAAGCUGGCCGAGGUCUGCUGCACCUCCAUCGUCUACGCCACGGAGAAGAAGCAGACCAAGGUGGAGUUCCCCGAAGCUCGCAUCUACGAGGAGACCCUGAACACGCUGCUGUACGAGACGAUGGCGCCGCCCGACAACCUGCUGCUGGAGGCCACGCGCCGCAGCUACACCUACUGCGGCUCCCACAGCGAGGAGGAGGAGGGUGGGGGGGGGCCUGGCGGCGCCGAGCAGCGGGAGCGCGUCCGGCGGAUCCACGUGAAGAGGUACAGCACGUACGAGGAGCGGCCACUGGGACACUGAGGCCCGAGGAGGGGACCCCCCCCAGCACCUCCAGGCCCCUGCGAUGGUGAACAUUCGCUCCCCCACGCCCCCCUUUUGAGGACUUCUCCGGAUGGCUGACGCUCCGCCGUAAUCUAUGAAUCGUUGUCAGAGCAACGAUUUGAAAUAACUAGAGAGCUGCUGUUGUUUAAUAAAUGUAAAGUAUUAGCAGAGGACAAAUCACUGAUGCACAUUAUUUCUUAUGAAAUACUGUUCCAAUCAUAGCACUUACACUCUGAAUCAGCAGCGACGCAUAUUGCAUAUUUAUGGAUUGUUUUAUAGUCACAUCGACAGGCCUGUUGUGCCACUAACGUGUUUUCAUGCAGUUCACCAUAAUGCCUUUUUUUCCAGUUUUGAAGAUAAAAGUUCUUGUUAUUCAACUA